AUAGCGCCGUACUAUUUAAAGUCAAACACACAUGCGCCAAAUGAUCAUCCCUUCCCUUACAAUUACACCAUUCCAUGAACCAGCACACCAUUCUUUUAGCUUCCUCAGAAUUAGUGCCCACAAUAAUGUUCUUGUUCACCCAAACCAGCCUCUGCAUCUUCACACUGUUAAUCUCAGCUUUCCCAUUUUAUGGAGCAUCCCAAGCUACCAUGAAUCAUGAAAGGUCAAUUCUUCUUGAUUUGAAAACCCAUUUUUCAGACCCACCAAACAUCUCCCACUGGUCUUCAUCCUCCCCCGAUCACUGCGCCUGGCCGGAGAUUACCUGCCGAGACGGCGCCGUCACCGGAGUUCGCCUCGGCUGGGUUCUGAUCAACAGCACAGUCCCACCCUUCAUCUGUGAACUCAAGAAUCUGAGCUUUCUUGACCUGAAUCACAACAAUUUGAAUGGCCCAUUUCCUAAAGCGCUCUACAAUUGCUCAAAGCUUGAAUUUUUAGACCUUUCUUUUAACUACUUCAGUGGACUCAUCCCAUCUGAUAUUGCCCGGCUUUCGCCCGAGCUUCGGGCUUUGAAUCUUUCUUCCAACUCCUUUGUGGGCGGCAUCCCUGCUGGAAUUGGAGGGUUGAAAGGGCUAAAAGAGCUUCAGCUUGCAGCAGUUGUCCCAAAUGGCUCAUUCCCUUCUGAGAUUGGAAACUUGUUGAAUCUUGAAUUUCUUGUUCUGAGCCAGAACCCCUUCUCUCCGCAGGAAAUCCCGCAGAGUUUUGCCCAGUUGAAGAAACUGAGGAGUCUGUGGAUGAAUGAGGCAAAUCUGAUAGGCGAAAUCCCGGGGAACCUCAGCAAGUUAACAGCUUUAGAGUUCUUGGAUUUAUCAUCCAAUGAGUUGACUGGAGACAUUCCCAGUGACCUGUUCUUGCUCAAGAACUUGACCACUGUUUACCUCUACGUGAACAGAUUGUCAGGGCCUAUUCCUAAACCUGUUCUGCCCUCGAAUUUGGAGAAUAUCGACUUUUCGAAUAACAGCUUGACAGGAAGCAUCCCGGGAGAAUUCGGGAAUCUGACAAAGUUAGAGGGGUUGAUCUUGUUCAUGAAUCAACUGUCUGGCAAAAUACCAUCAGGAAUGGGUAGAUUGCCAGCUCUGUCUUGUGUCAAGCUGUUCCAGAACAACCUAGUAGGCGAAAUUCCACCAGAUUUUGGUCGGUUUUCGAACCUUGAACUAUUCGAUGUCUCCUCGAACCAUCUCACAGGCUCCCUACCGGAUGGUUUGUGCGAUAACAAAGCGUUGAAUUUCUUGUUUGCCUUUGGUAACAACCUCACAGGUGAGCUGCCUAGAUCGCUUGAGGAUUGCGACACGUUGAAUGAGGUCCGGGUCGAAAAGAACAGUCUUUCUGGGAAAUUUCCUUAUGGGUUGUGGAGAGUUAAAAGUUUGUCAAAGUUGAUGAUUUACAACAACAAGUUGCGUGGUCAGCUGCCACAAGAGGUUUCCUCAAACCUGUCUCUUGUUGAUAUCAGCAACAACCGAUUUUCGGGCGAAAUUCCUUUUGUCAUCUCGACUUGGACCAAUCUCAACACCUUUAAGGCAAGCAAUAAUCUCUUGACAGGUAAAAUCCCUCAAGAACUCACAGUUCUUAAAUCAUUGUCUGUCCUUAUGCUUGAUGGCAAUAUGCUUUCUGGUAACUUUCCCUCAAAUAUUACUUCUUGGAAGUCUCUGUCGACAUUGAUAUGCAGCAGAAACCAGCUCUCCGGGAAAAUCCCUCCAGCUUUAGGCCUUUUGCCAAACCUUAACCAGCUGGACCUGUCCGAAAACCAUUUCUCUGGCAAAAUCCCACCUGAAAUUGGUCAUCUAAGGCCAACUUCACUCAACCUCUCGUCCAAUGAUCUCUCCGGGAAAAUCCCAGAAGAACUUGAAGUCGCAGCAUUCGAGAAGAGCUUCCUGAACAAUCCCAGUCUCUGUGCUGCCACACCCUCCAUAGGACUCGCGACUUGCAAUCCAAAACCCAAGAAAUAUGACAAGAUUCCAGCCAAAGUUAUGGCCAUUCUUGGAAGCAUAUUGGCAUUUCUGUCCCUGAUAGUCAUCGCGUACAUGCUGUUCGUGUUCACAAGUUACCGGAAGAGAAAGACAGAUGUGGUAAAAGACUGGAAGCUCACCCCAUUCCACAGCCUGAGCUUCACAGAAUCAAACAUUAUACAAAACUUAGAGGAGAAAAAUGUGGUCGGUAGCGGCGGGUCAGGAAAGGUUUAUGUUGUGCCAUUGAGAGGAGAGGAAGUUGCGGUGAAGAGGAUAUGGAGCAGCCACAAGAUGGAUGAGAAUCUGGAGAAGGAAUUUGCUGCAGAAGUUGAGAUACUCGGCACAAUUCGGCACUCCAACAUAGUGAGGCUACUGUGCUGCAUCUCAAGCGAGGAGUCUAAGCUUCUGGUUUACGAGUACAUGGAAAACCGCAGCCUUGAUCUGUGGCUUCAUCCGAAGAAGAAACGGUCACCAGGUCAGGUCUUGGAUUGGCCCACCAGGCUUCGAAUCGCAGUCGGAGCUGCCCGGGGGCUCUCACACAUGCACCACGACAGCUCGCCGCCGGUUGUUCAUAGAGAUGUCAAGUCCAGCAAUGUUCUUUUGGACUCCGAAUUCAAUGCCAAGAUUGCGGAUUUCGGGCUGGCCAGAAUAUUGGCAGGGCAGGGUGGUUCCAACACUGUUUCAGCCGUUGCUGGAUCCUUUGGCUACAUAGCUCCUGAGUAUGCGCAUACGAGGAGAGUGAAUGAGAAAGUCGACGUGUACAGCUUCGGGGUGAUUCUCCUAGAACUGGCAACGGGAAGAGAGCCGAACGACGAGGACGAGGAGUGUUGCCUGGUCGACUGGGCGAGGCACCACGUGGAACAAGGGAAGGCGAUAGGGCUCGCCUUGGACGGGAGCAUCCCGGGGCCCGCGGAGGAGAUGUGUGGGGUGUUCAAACUAGGGAUCUUUUGCACAAGUGUGAGUCCAGCUAAGAGACCUAACAUGAAAGAGGUCUUGAGAUUCCUCCAACAUCUUUCACCACCUGAUGGGGAAAUGGUCAAAGUUUGUGAGCAUGAUGGUGCUCCUUUGCUCAUGUAUUCCAAAUCCAAUGGUGGAUAUGGUGGAAGUGGUCAUGAGCAUUUUCUAUUGUAGGACCCAUUUGGUAAUAGCUUCCACGUUUAGCUUUAGUCUUUCCAAAAGUAUCAAUAUAUGGAGGUUCGUAUUUUUUAUCGUUAAAAUAUGAGUACAAUGUCAAUAAUGUCAAUAUAUAGUACCAAAAAAAUACAGUGGAAUGCU